UAUGUGAACAAAAAAUAUUUAUAUACGGGGAUAGAGGAACAGAGUGCGUGAGAGAGAGAGAGAGAGAGAGAGAGGGAGAGACGAAAUCCAAGCAGCCCACUGCUCUAAUGUUGCUGGACGCCAUCAUUUGGUUACCCACACUAUUCACCUACAUAUUGUUCCUGCUCAUACUGAUCAUACUGUUCUUCAUUGUCGCCUAUGUCAGCCAUAAGAUCUACAUAUCCAUCUAUGAUAAUCUGCCACUGCCAGCGGCGCCCGGGUCCCGCUACUCGCUGUCCAUAUCGCCGCAUCGUGUGCAAUCGACACGCUCCGAGGCGGUGAGCGCACGCUCCAUUUGGAUACAGAAUCGAUCACAGAUCUACGAGUCGUCAGUGGUUCGCAUUGUACUCACGUUGGAGGCCUGCUAUCUGGUCAGCGUCGAGCUGGACAUCUAUAAGAAUCCCGCCCAGCGUGCCAUUAGCUUCAUGUGCAACUGCAAGCCGAACGUCAAUAAGUGUGCCGCCGUCGCUCCCAGAGCGGGGGACAGUGUGCGCGUGCUCAAGUACUACGAUCACCUGUCCCGGGUGCCACGCCUUAAGGUUCUGCUGCGCUGCAACGAGCGCAAGAAUAUGCGCCUGGUGCUCGACGACGUCAUCAAGGAUGUGAUGGAGACGAAUUCCACGGAUCAUGCUGCGGCCUGCCCAGCGCCCUGCACAGGGUCCAGCAGGCAGAGGCGAACCGACGACACAACUAACUGAACAAGCAAUGCCAACUAUGCGUGCGAGCGAGAGAGCUACAGCAAAGCUCGUUCCAGGGCUCUCUCUACGUGUGUGUGUGUGCGUGUG